CAUAGCGUGAAACGGCCUUGCUGCAGGCCACCAGCCUUACACCGCCAAAUGCGUGACGACGGUUAAUUUUUCUUCUGCCAGAACCUGACGACACACAGUUUUCAGAACAUUGAAAAGAUCAAAUUUCUCGAGUCUAUGAAUCUGGUCAAGAUUCGAUACGCCGUCGAGGAUUCCUUUACAAAGUGGCACUUCCGAGCGAAUCAAGCUAGAGAUAUCGUCCCUCGCUGGUUACGUAAUUUGCUCGAUUCUUGUCCUGAAAUACAUACAACGAGAACGAGCGAGCGAACGAACAUUCAGACAAGCGUUAUCAUUCUGAAAGGAGAAUGGCCAUAUAUCCGUGGCAGCGAGUCGCACGGGGUCCUCACUAGAAGAUGACAGAGGACCAGGUGCAUCAACAUCCGACACGACUACCUCCCGACAAACACGCCCACAUCGAUGUUACAGGAGGGAAAUUUGAAAAUGAUCAAUGUAAAGAACCUCUGCUUUCCGAAAAGCAAACUUUCCACAGGAUAGCAGCACCGGUGAGGGCUCGUUCGCGAACCACCUCCUCGGAAUCAAGUUCGAUCGGGAGUACGGUGAUAGGUAGAAGGUUGAGCAUAGACGCGAGCAUGAUCACGGCGACUGGUACGGGGACGGGCAGCAAUGCGACGAACGCAUGGACGGACACCGUUGUCGGGGUUAAUACCGUUACCACCGCAGCCACCGCAGCCACCGCACUGGUCAACGAUCCGCCAACGAUCGAGAAAUCCCUCGAAGAGGACGAUUGCGUCGAGGUGGCGAUCUUCGACGAGGGCACCACCGACAGCGGCCGUCUUCCCGAUGUAGUCGCCGAGAGUAAAAUUUACGAUCUGAUCGAGGACGAAUCCUACGAAUCCUACCUGGCCAUUACCAUUCAAGUUUUCAUACCGUUCCUUAUCGCCGGCCUUGGCAUGGUGGGCGCUGGAUUAGUUUUAGAUUUGGUUCAACACUGGGUCGUAUUCGAGAAAGUCAGCGAACUGAUCAUUCUGGUGCCGGCGUUGUUGGGCUUGAAAGGAAACUUGGAAAUGACUCUCGCGUCUCGGCUCUCCACGCAAGCGAACCUCGGUCACAUGGACACGCCGAAACAGCAGUGGUACAUGAUCGUUGGAAAUCUCGUCUUGAUUCAAUGCCAGGCGAUAGUGGUCGGAUUUCUGGGCUCUGUGGUGGCGAUCGCAAUGGGGGCGUUUAGGAACGGUACCAUUUCGUUGGACCACGCUUACCUAUUGUGCGCGAGCAGCCUAGUCACCGCAUCUGUGGCCUCGUUCGUCCUCGGAUUGAUUACCGCGGGAGUGAUCGUUUUCUCCCGCCAUUGUCACAUCAAUCCGGACAACGUUGCGACACCGAUCGCCGCCAGUCUAGGAGACAUCACCUCCUUGGCUCUGCUCUCUUGGAUCUCCACCAUUCUGUACGAAUCGAUCAAUAAGCAAGAUUGGGUCGCGCCUCUCGUCAUCGCCUGCUACGUCCUGGUCACGCCGCUCUGGGUAUGGAUCGCCAAGAGGAACAAGUACACCAAUGACGUUCUUUACUCCGGAUGGACUCCUGUCAUGAUCGCCAUGUUGAUAAGCAGUUGCGGUGGUCUGAUACUAGAAUUCAUGGUGUCGCGAUUCGAAAAUUUGACCGUUUUCCAACCGGUGAUCAACGGCGUUGGUGGAAAUCUGGUAGCUGUGCAGGCAAGCAGAAUAUCGACGGCUCUUCACAAGCAAGCAGAACUGGGAACGCUUUUAAUACCACCGGGUCUCACGCAUCCUGUUAUCUUCAUCACACCUAUCGCUAACUUCUUCGGCAAAGGUAUACACGCAAGGACAACCAGGGUUCUAAUGGCGAUGGUCAUACCAGGUCACAUCAUUUUCAUUUACAUGAUUAAUUACAUGAAGGAUGGCAAUACUUCGCUCACGCCGCUCUUCGUUUUCGUUUACUUGUGCGCCGCGAUGCUACAAGUCGCUGCUCUCCUCUAUAUCGCGUACAUAAUGAUCCAUUGGAUGUGGAAGAGAAAAAUCGAUCCUGACAAUUCAGCGAUCCCGUACCUCACGGCAAUGGGAGAUCUCCUAGGCAUCAGUUUGCUGGCGAUUGCUUUCCAAUUCCUCUACCUCGUCGGCGAUCAAGAUUCCGAACGAGCGAUCGCUCCGUAAAACAUUCGUCUAGAUUUAUUUCCAUUUCAAUCGGUUGCAAAACCCUCUUCUUCGAUGCUUCCAGCGAGGCGUCCACCGAUAUCCGAUACAUCGUACAACGAAGCCUUCUCCCCCAGAAAAACUAAUAAUCGU